UGGUCAUUGAAAAAAAAUUGGCGGUAGGCGUUGUUGCUGUUGCGUUUUCGUGUUCCUGACUAAAAUUAGGGAAAUUUAGUUUGACAAACAUGAACUCAAACGUAACGUAACUGGAUACCGUAUAUCCCUGGUAACUGUUCCUCAUCAGUAGUGCUUGUUAAGUUUAAUAACAGCGUGUUAAAUGCGUGUUGACAAACAGAAAACAAGUGCGAAAGCUAAGUUAGCCAACUGUAAACUUUGGUGCUAGCAGCUAAAGUUAGCCGGCUAGCUUCUUAAUAUAAAGCCAGUCGCCACCGGACACAGUGCUUUCUGAACAACUCGGAAUAAUGGCGAAUCCGGCAUUGUUGCAGAGAAAGAAUGGGAAAUAUCUGUGGUUUGCUCUCCUCGGGCUUGGAUUUCAACCAGACGCCGCAAUUCUGUCAGUCGCCGGCAAAACCAACAUUAACAUUAAACACAUCAACCUGGGACCGAAUAUGUUCGACAAACCAAACAAAGAUGCCUUCUACAUAGUGACCCAUUUCCUGUUGGAGAAACUCAACCCGACACGAUUUAAUGAGGCAUACAGAUACUGCUGGCCUGUUCUGAACCACAAAGCAGAUGCUGAGUUCCGCAAAGUUACCUGCGCUUGGCUGAGAGAAAUAAUGGAUGAAACCGCGAAUGCAGGAUCCAAAGUGGUAGCAUCCUUGUUCCUUUCACCUGGAGGCCCCAAGUUUAUCAACUUGAUGCUUAAUUUGGCCAAUCACGUCAUGCUACAGGAAAUUAAGACAUUCACCACAGAUGACAGCUGGGUUCCUGAAGCUGCAGCAAUGCCUGCUUCCUCCCUGGACAUGGCAGUGAUGAGACUCAGCCUCAUCAAUAGCAGGUUUUUGAAAGCUGCAGUGGAUCAAGAUCGCUUUCUCCACGAGUACCAGAGACGAGCCCAGCUCCUGGUGAAGUCUGUAAGGGACAUCAGAGCAGAGGGUGCAAAGUAUGACGAGCUACUCAAGCGUCACAGCAGUGAUUCUGCACAGGAGGGAGCUUCUCCAGCAGAGAAGACCAAACAGGUGCGCUCCUUGUGGUCGACCAUUGAUGGAAUGCUCUCAACUACCAAAGAGGACCAGCAUGCAGUGGAAAGUGUUUUGAAAGGGGAUGUAGACCAGUACGUCCUGGACGGCACGGAUCGAGUCCUCAAAAUUCCCCGGUGUCUGCUGGAGAGAGUUGAACAGCUCCCACAUCAGUUGAGCUCAGGGAAUGUGUAUGAGGCAGGCCAGCUGAACCUCCUUUGUGUGUUGGAGCUGAUGAACCACGCGCUGCAACUCCUGAGGGAGGAGUGUUGUCGGGUCGCUCAUGCCCCUAAGCCCCAGCUCAGUCCUGAGCACCUCCAGGAGAAAUGUCAACAGAUGGCCCGUGUGCUGCAGAACCUCCACCUCAUCAGACAGAAGAUUUCUAAGGAAGGAAUUCCUGAGGUCAGAAGUGCCAUCAGAGAGUUGGAGACUGAGUGGGACAGGAAGUGGAUGGAUACUCUGAAGGACACACCCCUAGUCUUUUUUCUGAAUGAAGAUCCUGCUCUUGGCUUCCUCUCACCAAUGGCUCCAUUGUCCUUUGAACCAGCGGCUGACACCAGUUACAGAAGUAGUGUCUUCUCGCAGUACCCUGCAACGCUUCUUGAGGAGAAGCCUUCAGAGAGUAAAUCACAGGAAGGUGCCCAUCAUUAUUCUAACCUGAAGAAGAGCCCUUGCCCUGCAACAGCCAAGAGGACUGAAAGUCCUGUUGUCACCACUGAAGCACCAUCACAAGCGAAUACCUCUCUAGACUGGCUUUUUGACACGCCUCCAUCUCCUCCUCUGAGGGCUCCAUUAGUACCACCACCUCAGGCCAGUGUGAGGAAGACUACCCGUGUUCAUCCGAAGGUGUCCCCCAUGAGGACCAAGACUCGGAUAUUAGACAUGGAAUGUGAUAACCUUGCUGAUCAGUUUGCAGAUGCUGUGACUACAACCACUCCCACAGAGGGCAGGGUUAAAGACCUGGAGGGCAUUCUCGGCACUCUUCAUGGAGAUCCCUUCUCUACUAGAAAGCAGCUGCCUCGUACGCCUGAGAGCUUGAUUAUGGAUGUGAAGAGCUCCUGGCGUAAGGCACUUGAGGAAGACAAAGUUGAGAAAAUCGCACAGUCAGCCAAGUUUAAUGACGAUACGUUGCUGAGCCCCGAUGCUCCCUCCCUCAGUGUCUUCAGUGGUAUCACCCCUCCUGUUACGAGCCACAGCAGCCUGCCUGUCAGCCAGCACGAGGUCUUGUUCAAAUCCAGUCUGCUGUGGGACACCCUCAACACAGAGACCCUGGACAGCCCGAGUGGCACCGGCAGCAGUGCGGUCCACUUCAGCCUUGACCACGAAACUCUCCCUGAAAUGCCCAGCUGUGACAGCCUGCUGAGCCUCGACGACGAUAUAAAGAGCGAGGAUGAGGACGAGCUCCUUCUCCCCUCUCUGAAGACUGACGCAAAGCAGUCGCCGCUGAUAACCGCACGUCACUACCUGGGUCAGAUCCAGCAGGCGUGCAACGACGGCUCUUUUAUGGGAAGCAGGAAUAGGACACCCAAGUGUCUUCUGUCGGAUCAUGCGGUUUCUGGUUUGGACCGAGACUGGCUAAAGCAGCCUGCAAAGGCAGUGGACGCCUCAGACAAGGUCUUCUCACUGGACCUAGACACUUUGGAGACCUCUUCACCUCCAAAGAAGCAAGAGUACAGCCUCCCAAAACUCAUCACAUUCUCCCCAAUAGAUGACAUGAAGUGUUAACUACAUUCAUACAGAAACCACUUUUCAGCCCCCAAUGUCAUCAACUGUCUGAUUUUGAAUUUAAAAUAAAUGUAACAUUUUUACAUGGCUUUGAAAUAACCUGCUUCUGUCACUCUAAAUUGUCUGUGCAUAAGUUUAUUGGUUUUAAUUUAAAAUAAGACAUGAAUUGGUUUAAUAAAAUUGUAAAGUGUGGUUAAUUUUUUUUUUUUUUUUUUUUUACUUGUGUAAAUAACUAGAUUUCUAAUGUCAGUGUUAUGCCUGUGUAGGAGAGUAACAUUGAACUCCUGAAGCUGUCGGGAGUCCACUGUAUUCAUAUUGUACUCACGUUGCACUAUUGGCAUGGUUUCUAACCUCACAAUGUCUUAACAGGAUGCUAAAUGUCUUUGUAGGUAGAUGACCACAAAUGAAACAGGUUGAUGAAAGUAGCAGAAUUUCUCAAAUGUUUGAAACAUUUGGAAAUAAAAAUGUAAUGCACAUAA